GUCCUACCAAAGCGGAGAAGAAGACCGCUCCCGUGUGUUGGUGGAGAGAAAGACAGAGGAGCUGCUCUGCUGAAAAAAUGAAUGACAUCCUGUUUCAAGUCAUUUCCAGCCCAUAGUUUCCAUCUUCCUGGUCAGUUUGCAUUUAUCUCCAAAGAAAUCUUCAAGGAAUGCCCACAAGAGCAACACAUCCAGAGACAUUACGGAUGAGAUAAUGGCACCCAAAAAAACAUCCGGUACUCAGCAAACAUCAUCUGGUCCUGCCCAUACGGUCACAUCUGACGGACAAAUCCAGAAUAAUAAACUCAAGAGGAAAGCUCACCACUGCUCAGAGUGUGGAAAGAGCUUUAAUCAAAAGAGCUAUCUCCAGCUACACCAGCGCAUUCACACCGGAGAGAACUUGUACCACUGCUCAGAGUGUGGGAAGAGCUUUAAUAUUGAGAGUAAUCUCAAAACACACCAGCGCAUUCACACUGGAGAGAAGCCGUAUCGCUGCUCCGACUGCGGGAAGAGUUUUAGAGAAAGAGGUACUCUCCGAAUACACCAGCGCAUUCACACAGCAGAGAAACCGUAUCACUGCUCAGACUGUGGGAGGAGCUUCACCCAACUUUGUAGUCUACAACGACACCAGCGCAUUCACACGGGAGAGAAACCAUAUUACUGCUCGGAAUGCGGGAAGAGUUUCACUCAACAGAACAUUCUCCAACUACACCAGCGCAUCCACACUGGAGAGAAGCCCUGUUACUGUUCAUACUGUGGGAACAGCUUUAGAGACAGAAGCACUCUCAGAAAACACGAGCGCAUUCACACCGGAGAGAAACCGUACCAGUGCUCCGAGUGCGGGAAGAGCUUUACCAGUCGGAGCACUCUCAAAAUACACCAGCGCAUUCACACCGGACUGAAACCCUAUGACUGCUCGGAGUGCGGGAAGAGCUUUAAUCGGCACAGUAAUCUUCUACUACACCAGCGCAUUCACACGGGAGAGAAGCCGUACUACUGCUCAGAAUGUGGAAGGAGUUUCAAUAAAAAGAGUAAUCUCAAAGCACACCAGCGCAUUCACACAGGAGAGAAACCGUACCAGUGCUCGGACUGUGGGAAGAGUUUCAAUCAGAAGAGUAAUCUCAAAUCGCACCGGCUCAUUCACGCAGCAGACAAUCCGUAUCACUGCUCGGUUUGCAGUAGGAGUUUCACCCUGCAGAGUUUCCUGCUGCGACACCAGCGCAUUCACACUGCAGAGAAGCCGUAUCACUGCCCAGAGUGCGGGAAGAGCUUCAGUCGACAGAAUAAUCUCCAACUACAUCAGCGCAUUCACACCGGAGAGAAACCCUGUUACUGUUCGUACUGUGGGACCAGUUUUAGGAACAAAAGUACCCUAAAAAAACACAAGCGCAUUCACACAGGAGAGAAACCGUAUCGGUGCUCCGAGUGCGGGAAGAGCUUUACUCAGCGGAUUACUCUCCAACAGCACCAGCGCAUGCACACCGGAGAGAAGCCGUAUCACUGUGCAGAGUGCGGGAAGAGCUUUAGUCAACAGAGUCACCUCCACAUACACCAGCGCAUUCACUCGGGAGAGAUGCCGUAUUACUGCUCGGACUGUGGGAAGAACUUCAGACAUCCCAACACUUUAAAGAGGCACAAAUGCAUUAAGAGGGAGGCAGAGACAUACGACGUGUGUUCGUCAGAGGGCGGCUGUUAGUGCUGUCCUAAAACUUUCUCUCUUAGAUGAUUGUGUCAUCAUCUGGAGUUUCCCGUGUGUAAGUGGACACCGUUCAGGCACAACAUUACGAUCACCUCCUUUUUCUUACAAACUAUCAGAGAAAAAGAUGGACUACAGUCUGUAACUGCACCUAUACAGUAAGUCGAGCUGAUAAAGUGGACAAGGAGGUGGUCAUGAUGUUCUGUCUGAUCGGUGUAGUUAAACUACAAUCACCAGCUCAUUGGUGUAAUAUGUUUACCACUUAAAAAGCUUUUAAUGAAAGCAGUUGGUAACAAUGUAAGAAAAAGGUCCUGGUUUUCUUUUGCCUGUAUGAUUGUGUGCUUACUAUGCAUAACUAUGAUUGUAAUCAUUAUUCCUAAUGGCUAUAGUUUUUGUUUUGCAUCUUUAGCUCCUUAUGGUUUCUUUUAAACGUGUAACAGAGCACCACACCUCCAAAAUUUAAUGCAAUGCUCUUGAAAUCUGGUAUGACAUUAACUGGUGUCGACGUUGGGAUCGUCUUGAUUUACUGAUAAUUUGAAUGCUGUGUUACUGAAACAAGCCGGUACUUUUCCUGAUAACUUGAACAUUUAAUAGAGUUUUAUUUGAGGGGCCUUUGGGGAAAAGAGUAAAAGGUCUGUUGAUGGAAAUACAUUUUAGUUGACAGAUUGAAGACUAUCAGCUUUUCAUGUCCAGCUUCCUUUUCAUUACUUCAUCAAAUAAAAUAUAAAACUGGGUGUCA